AUGGGUAGUCACACCAAAAAAAGUGGCAAGGGCGGUGGCGGCACGCAUGCGCGGCAGACCCGGCGGCGGCAGCUGCCGGGUCAGGCCAAGGUGCUCAAGAAGGAUCUUGGUGUGCCUGACCUGAAGGAGGUGGCGCAGCGCCUGACUCAGACGGCACAACGGCGCACACACAGCGUCUUGAGCAUCCCGCAUUUGCACGGUGUCGAGGGGGCCAGCGGGUCCAGACUAAGCAGCAGUGGCGUGAGUGGUGGAGCUCAUCGCCUCGUCAACUUUGUGCGCGGCAGUGGGACUUUCGGGAAGGGCGGCGCCUGCUCUCAAAUUCGCGGUAAGGUCCCGCAGCAAGUUGCUCAGAAUGCAGACCCCGCUGGAGUGGCCGAGUCCACCUUGGCGGACCGUCGUCGCGAGAUGCGGAUGCUGGCGCUCCGUACCUCAGAAAAAGUGCACGACUACGAGGUUCCCAUGCACCUAUACCGCCAGGACGGUCUCGGCAACGGCCGCGCUGAGGAAGACGACAUGUGGGAGGAAGAUGUGACACAGCGAGGGCAGGAUCGCUCACUGCGGCGCUUCUUCAAAGAGUUUCAUCGCGUUGUCGUGAACUGCGAUGUGCUGCUGCAGGUGCUGGACGCACGCGACCCGCUCGGGUGCCGACUUACGCAGCUAGAGAAGAAUAUUCGCUCAACCUACGGCGAGGAGCAGAAGAAGAUCGUUGUUGUGCUCAACAAGGUGGACAUGAUGCCCUCCAAGGAGGUGCUAGAUGCGUGGAUUAACUACUUUGAGCAGCAAGAGCAGCUCAUAUGCAUCCCGUUUGCAGCCACCGCCAAGGGUUCACUGAGGCAGACGUACGUAGCGAACCUGUUUCGACGCCUGCGAUCACUAGCUCGCAGCGACGAGACAGGCGAACGCAAGGCUAUUGUUGUUGGGGUGAUUGGCUAUCCGAAUGUAGGAAAGAGCUCCAUCAUCAACGCAUUGAAACGCAAGCACGUCGUUGGCGUCGGUAACAUGCCCGGGUUUACGACAGGCAACACCGAGGUGGAGCUGCGGUCUGACAUCCGGGUGAUGGACUGCCCUGGUGUGGUAAGCCCCGGCGAGGACAACGGUGACGUGGUCCUGCGAAACGCCAUUCGGGUUAGCGAGCUCGUAAAUCCGUUCCUGCCAGUGCAGCGGCUCCUGCAGCGAUGCACGGCGGUGCAGCAGGCUGAUGACUACGACAACACCGACGUCACCGCACACCAGGCGCUGCACAACAGCGGGCUGCACCCGUUGGCUCUGUUCUACGGCAUCAAUCAGUUCCGUGAGAACGACGUGAUGGAUUUCAUUGAGCAGGUCGGGAUGCGUCGUGGAAGGUUCACACGCGGCGGCCAGGUGGAUGAAGAAGCUACAGCCCGCAUGAUCUUGGCAGACUGGAACGAUGGCCGCAUCCCGUACUACACGUAUCCGCCCGCCGUGGACGAGCUCCUUCUGCGCAGCGACGACGCUUACCGUGCUGUCAGAAGCAGUUGCUUCGGUGGUGGUGUUGAGGAGAAGGGUGUGCAGGUGGAGCUGGUGUCGGCGCCAGCGCGCGGCGUCACACUAGACGGACUACCCACAUUUCACCUUCACAUGGACCUGAUCGAGGAGCGGCACACGAAAAAGCGGUGUGAGCAGAAUAACAUGAAGUGCGGCGACACUGACGCCGACGAUGGGGACGAGAUGCUCUAG